GCUGCGGUUUCUCCCUUUCUUCCCUAUCCCUGCUGCUCCGCCGCCACGAGAGAGGAGAGAGAGGGAAAGGGAGAACCGGAGAGAUGAGCUUGCAGAUUCCGGCGAGAUGCGGCGGCCUCUGGCGCCUCCUAGGAGGGGCGGGCAGGCGCUACUCGACUGGAGACCGCCGACGCAGGGUGAUCCGCGAGGCGCGGCAGGAGGAGGAGGACGAGGCCUUCCUCCGCACCCUCAACUUCGGUGCCGACCCCGAGAACAACCCCCCGCCCCCGCCGCCUGGGCGUGCUGGAGGUGCCCCUGACUCUUCCUCCCCCCACGCUGCGUUCCCCACCGACAUCCUCCGACGCGCCGCCGGGAAACAGCAGCAGCAGCAGCAGGAGCUGCCCGAAGGGAUUGCUCAGAAACCCAUCGGGCAGUCCCUGAUGGAGAAGCUUAAGCUGGGCGAUGCAGCCGCCACCUCCGCCGCGGGAAACAGCGGCGAGCGGCCGCAGCCUGAGCGCGAGCCGACGAAGCCGACGCCUGAGCACGAGCCGGCGCAGCCCGAGGACGUGGAUGAGAUCUUCAGGAAGAUGAAGGAGACUGGGCUGAUCCCGAACGCCGUCGCCAUGCUCGACGGCCUAUGCAAGAGCGGGCUGGUGCAGGAGGCCAUGAAGCUGUUCGGCCUUAUGCGAGAGAAGGGUUCCAUCCCUGAGGUUGUCGUCUACACCGCUGUUGUUGAGGCUUUCUGCAAGGCGGGCAAGCUUGACGACGCCGUGAGGAUCUUCAGGAAAAUGCAGGGGAAUGGGGUUAUUCCGAAUGCCUUCAGCUACUGGUUGCUAAUACAGGGGCUGUGCAAGGGCGGUAGGCUGGAUGAUGCAGUUGAGUUCUGUGUGGCGAUGUUUGAGGCGGGGCAUUCGCCGAAUGCCAUGACCUUUGUGGGCUUGGUUGAUGGGGUAUGCAAGGCUAAGGGGGUGGAGGAGGCUGAGAAGCUUGUGAGGAGCUUCCAGGACAGGAACUUUGCUAUUGAUGAGAAGUCCAUCAGGGAGCACCUGGACAAAAAAGGUCCAUUCUCGCCGGUUAUUUGGGAGGUGAUCUUUGGAAAGAAGAAAUCUGGCCGACCAUUUUGAGCUUUGCCAAAAGUAGUAUGUGCACAUUCUCAUCAUUUUUGUGUACCUAUUGCCAGCAAUAGUUUUUUGAGGGUUAGUGUGCUUCUCUGGUUACAUUGAAAUGGUUAGCAUGUUGUUCUAUGUAACAUUCACCACUUUGUGAUCUCCAACUCUGCCCUUUUGUUUACAUGAUCACCAUUUACUAAAACUCAUGCAUAAAUACACACUUGCUUUCUGUGAACUGGUUUGUCAUCUUUUAGUUAAUACAAGCCAGACAGUUGCUAUUUGAGGUAUGGAGC